UGGUAGUGUUGGAGGGGGUAGCGGCGGGGCGGGUGACGCCUCACAGUAACAGCAACUGAGCUUCAAACGGUCAUGGCUGGGUGUAGUGGGUGGGUGUUGUGAGACGCUCUCCCUAUAUUACUGAGAAUUUGUGAUUGUUGCCGGCUAUGAAGUGGUGUAUUGGUGUGUUGACGUUUUGUGGAGUAUAGCAGUGGUGUGUUGGGAUGGUUGGUACAAUGUUGCCUCGCAGUGUUUUAGGGCUUGUGGGUGUGGCCCUGGUGGUGGCACUGGCCACUGUGUGCGUUAGUGCAGAGAUCUUGCCCGAAGUGAUGUACAAUGUGGCCGUGCCACAUGACGUUGUCCCUGCGCAUAUUGUGUACAAAAUCAAAUUAAAAGCUGGCCAAACCGUUAAUAAGUUGAUGGAUAGUGAGUACUCAGAUUACUUUGCUAUGCUGGAUAAUGGUGAUGUUAUGACUGUGGCCAAGCUGGCCCCACUCUUGGGCCGCACUGUCACACUCCGGGUAUCAACCAGUUACCCAAAUGGAAACAUUCAGGUGUAUAUCAUCAAAGUGGCCAUCAAAGAUCAUCAGACGAUGCUGCGAUUUCUCAAGCCAGAGUACGACGCUUAUCUGUACGAGAACAUGCCCGCUGGUACUGAGCUGCAGGGCCUUGACGACCUCGAAGCCAUGGGGGAGGAGGACGUCAAGUAUGAGUUGCUUGGUGGUCACUCUGUCUUCGCCCUUCAUCACGUGGGUGGCAUCCCAACUGUGGUCAGCAGGAAAGCACUAGAUCGUGAGGCUCAGGACCUGUAUCAUCUGGUCCUGCGAGCUUACGACAAGGAAGGCAUGGACAUGGCAGAAGCUAAGAUCAACGUUCACAUUUUAGACAUGAACGACCAUGCUCCAGUUUUCACACAGAGCGUUUUCUAUUUCUUUGUUCCUCUUAACGUUACACGAUUUGACAAAAUAGGUCGUGUAACUGCUCAUGACGGAGACAAGGACAAGGUUGUUUAUCGCUUAGCCUACCCGUCCAACACCUUCACCAUCGUGCCGCAGACAGGAGAAAUAAUGUUGAUUGAGCCCCCUGAGACCCUGGUGUAUGAGCUGGAGCUAGAGGCAUUUGACAAGAGAAAACCCACUCUCUACUCUGACUCCUUGGCUAAAGCACAUAUCGAGUUCCGCUAUCCUAGCGAUUCCUUGUUCACCGGAGAGAGUAAUGACAUUGAGUAUGACGUCUACCCAGAUCACGCCAUGUCCAAACGCAGUGCCAAGAAGAGGGUUAAGCGAGGUCAGCUUCGUCACACCAAGGAACUGGUGUUCUCAGAGGCUGACGGAGCCGUGGAAGGUAAAGUCGUAUUCCAGCUCGAGAAAGAAAUUCAGUGGGAAACAUUUAAAAUCCGCGAUGAUAACCCGUGGGUAGAAGUUGACACUAACGGUGCUGUGAGAAUCAAAAAGAAAUGGGACUACGAGGAGUUGGGACCAGAGAAGACUAUCGACUUCUGGGUCACCAUCACUAACAACGACCGUAAUGAUACAGACAAUCAGCGAGUGAUACUACAAAUAACAGAUGUGAACGAUGAGCCACCUUACUUUAUCAAUCGUCCUCUGCCCAUGCAAGCAGUAGUGAAGCUCAAUGCUGCUCCCAACACCCCAGUGUUUACUCUGCAGGCCAGGGACCCUGAUAAAGACCAUGACAUUCACUACUUCUUGGUCAGGGAUAGAA